AGAAGAAGAUGUAUGUGAUUGUGAGUGCUGUUACCGUCUACAACGUUCUGACUCUGGGUUACUGUCAGGGAAAUCUGUUGAGUCAAGCUGUUCUUACAAAGAAUACCUCAACGUCGCGAACGUUUGUCUGUACGUGUUCCGACGCUGCCAGCUGCACUGCAGACAAGUGGAAGGACCUUCUAGCAGAGUGUCGGCAGAUGUUGGAGAACAUCGACCAUGAGACCACGUCAGAAGAAAGAAACCGUUUAGAGAAGCAAGAGAAAACCACUUCGGCACAAGAGACAACCACGUCGACACAAGAGACAACCACGUCGGCACGAGAGACAACUACUUUGACCCAAAGUCCGACCACCACAGCAUCCUGUGUCUCGGACUGCACUGGUCUGGGCAGUGGGAAAUACCAGUCGUGUAUACGGUGCGACGGCUACGUGGAAUGCACUCAUGGAAGGACAUUCAACAGACCAUGCAGCUCUGGUACAGUGUGGGAUGAUAACAGGAAAAACUGCCAGUCUCCUCCGUCACCUACCUGUGUCCCGAAUGAAUAGAACUUUUAAACGCCGAGUUGAACAAAACGCUGUCAGUUUUUACUCCAUGUACCCAACACCAAUCUCGAUUAUCAGCUGAAAUAGGUCCCCCGGGGAGUAACAACCAUCACUCAGACCCCUUGUGGUUUAGUAGUUAGAAGUGAGUGAGUUUACUUUUACGCCGCACUCAGCAAUAUUCCAGCUAUAUGGCUGCG